GCCGGUUAUUCAGUGUGAACACGUACCAGGUUAUUGCGGUAUGCUGUUAGGCUUAAUAUGAUAAUUAUUGUAUGUAUAAUCUAGCGUUAUCUCAACUUGCGUUGUGUCAUAUUUAUUGUUUUUAGGCAUAGAAGAUAUAAAGAGGGAUUAAAUACUGAAAGUCCGAUGGCAAUGAGAGCAAUCCGAGUGAAACAGUUUGGUGGACCUGAAGUUCUUCAACUGGAAGAAAGUGUGGCUGUGCCUAUACCUUCAGACACGCAGGUAUUGGUUCAAGUUCGAGCGGCGGGUAUAAAUCCCGUGGACACGUACAUCCGGUCUGGUACAUAUCAGAUGACAAAUCUACCUUACACUCCUGGUCGUGACGGGGCUGGAAUUAUAAAAAAAGUCGGAUCUAAAACUACCAAAUUUAAGCCUGGUGAUCGGGUGUAUUUCCUGUUUAAUGCAUCCGGCAGCUAUGCGCAGUAUGUUGCUGUCGAGGAAGGUAUGGUAGGGCAUCUAGCAGAUUAUCUAACCCUUGAACAAGGCGCAGCAAUUGGUAUACCAUACUACACAGCGUUUAGGGCACUGUCCAUAAAGGCUCGGGACAAAUUCAAAGCGGGGAACACAGUUUUGGUUCAUGGCGCUAGCGGUGCUGUUGGUCUUGCCAGUGUACAGUUUGCCGUGUCACGUGGUCUAACUGUUUAUGGCACAGCGGGGUCCCAGGAAGGCAUCCACUUGGUACUCGAACAUGGAGCAACAGCGGUUUACAACCACCGGGAUGAGGGAUAUAUUGAUAAAAUGAAGGCUGCAAUGAAUGGAAGUGGGCCAGAUAUUAUCGUUGAAAUGUUAGCCAACGUGAAUCUUGCAACCGACAUGACGUUGGUUAACAGAAAUGGAAUAAUUGUGGUUGUCGGAUGCCGAGGAAAUGUUGAAGUAAACCCGAGACUUGCCAUGCAGAAAGAAUUUAUUGUAACAGGAUUCGCACUUCCUAACGCUGCUCAGGGAGAGUGGACAGAAAUGCAUGAGUUGAUGGCUGAGGGAAUGCAGCAACAAUGGGUACAGCCGCACAUAUCCAAGAUUUAUCCAAUGCACGAGGCGACACAGGCACAUGAAAAUAUUAUAAAGACAAAAGCUGCGCUGGGAAAAAUUAUUUUGAAAGUUGAAAAUUGAGCAUUGUAUUUUCUCGUUGUUUAUUUUUCGUUUAUUUUUCUGAGCAUGUUACAAAACAUAUAUGGUUAUUGAUUUCUGUUUGCGUUAAACCGGCAAACCUUUAAAUAACAGUGUAUUUCGAAGCUUCGAGUUUGUCUAGCUGCACAUUAUACUAAUAUUAAUAUAGUAUAUCAUGUAUUCUUUAUACAUUUGGUUGCAUGUUUCGCCAGUGCAACACAGGGUGCAAACAAAUUUUGUUGCAAAUUUCGCCAACUUUAUAACACAGGUUGCAAACAGAUCUGUUGCAAAGUUGAAUUUUUAGGUAAUUUUAUAACACAGAAAAGAAAACAAAUUUGGUUGUAACUUUCGCUAAUGUUAUGAGACAGGUAGCACACAGAUUAGGUUUUACAUUUCGCCAAUUUUAUUACACAGGUAGUAAAAAAUUUGGUUGCACAUUUCGCCAAUUUUAUAACACAAGUUUUGUAUAUUUUGCCAGUUUUAUAACACAGGUAGCAACAAAGUUGCUAUUAUAUGUUAUACAUCCUAUUAAAGAGGAGUAAUGCAAUACAAAAUGUAGUAAUAAAAAUAAUAAAGGGCGCUAGUAUCACUAAAAGUUUCAUUUCUUAUUAAAGUAAAUAAACACCUCCAUUGUGCAUACAGAUAUAAGUGCGUACAACACAUUUACUUAUAAUUCGAAUCAUUCGUUUGAAUUUCAUUAACUUUUCAUAUAUGCCACAGACCGAUUUCCG